ACCCUGAGAUGUCGGUAGAUCACUAAGGUAGAGUUUUUUCUCUCUGUCCCACAGUUCCUGGCAUGUAUAUACUUUGUGAAUUUCCUCAUGAAAUACUAUUUCAUCUCUAACUUCAGCAACAUGCAUAAGCAACCCUUCACCAUCAAAAUCCAGCUGCUCUCCAUCUUUGAUUCAGUAAUGCCCGUGAUAUCUAUUUUAUUCGUGGUCUUCUAUUUCUUCCUGGACUGCUGGCAUAACAUAUUUGCUGAGAUCCUGCGCUUUGCAGACCGUUCUUUCUACAAGGACUGGUGGAAUUCCACAGCAUUCUCGACAUUCUUUCGGUCAUGGAAUGUGAUUGUACACGAUUGGUUGUACUACUAUAUUUAUCAAGAUUUUCUGUGGCUGAUUGGAGAGAGAGCCCGAGAUGGAGCUAUGCUCAUCGUCUUCCUUUUGUCAGCCAUUUCCCAUGAAUAUAUACUCACCUUGUCUUUUGGCUUCUUCUAUCCUGUCUUGCUUGUGCUGUUUGCUGGGACUGGAGGCAAGUAGCCCCUCAGGAAAUGGACUGAACCUUUCC